CAAAAGAGAACUGUCAAAACAAUGUAAACAUAAAACCAACGUGCGAUCUUCCCCGCGCUGUUCCAGGUCAUUUUUAUAUGAUUUUGGUAAUUUCAACAUACAAAAUUGCUUUAUUCUUAAAGUUUGUGGAAAUAUGGAAGUAGAAGAACCAAAAAAUGACGCGUCAGUGGUUGCCUCGCCAGCUCCCACGAAGCUGCCUCAAAAGCGAUUCUAUCGACAGCGAGCACAUUCGAAUCCUAUUGCAGAUCAUAGUUUUGAUUACCCAAUUCACCCGGAUGAUUACGACUGGUCGCAGCACUAUCCCACAAUUGGAGACAAACGAGUGGAAUUUGCUGACAUCGGCUGCGGUUACGGCGGAUUCCUGGUAACACUCGGAGAAAUGUUUCCGGACAAGUUCGCAGUUGGAAUGGAAAUCCGAGUCAAGGUGUCUGACUACGUGAUGGAUCGCAUUCAGGCUCUGAGAAAGCUGAACGAAGGCCAGUACGAGAACAUAGCCUGCAUUCGUACGAAUGCAAUGAAGUACUUGACAAAUUUCUUCCACAAGGGACAGCUGGAGAAGAUGUUUUUCCUGUACCCAGAUCCACAUUUCAAGAAGGCCAAGCAUAAGUGGAGAAUCAUCAAUUCGGCACUUCUCAGCGAGUAUAGCUACGUGUUGCGGCAGGGCGGUUUGAUUUAUACGAUCACGGAUGUCAAGGAUUUGCACGAAUGGAUGUGCAAGCAUAUUGAACAGCAUCCGGCAUUUGAGCGGUUAACCGAUGAUGAGGUGAAAGCAGAUGUACUAUCGGAAAAAUUGCUCGACAGUAGCGAAGAAGGCAAGAAAGUAACUCGAAAUAAGGGAGACAAAUUCGUUGCUAUUUUUAGGAAGAUUUGAAUAACAUUUUCACUUUGGAACAUUCAAAUGGUUGCUUGUUGAUGAUAGAUUCGGAGAAAUGAGCGAUUUGGGCGUACAAUAGUUUAAUAAAUUUUCCAAUGAUUUCACCGUGCAAGCCAGGAAGGCAUUUUUGACGUACGACUACGUCUUUGUUUUCUAUAUUGGGGUCCACUUUAAAAGUACGGAAAGUGAGACAUUUUUCCAUAAAAAUAAUUGCAUAGCUUGAACUAAACACUAUAACGUUGGUUAUUGCAACAGAUA